AGAAAUACAUAAAACAUCAACCAGCACAUGGGAUUAUUUUAGAAAUCUGAUUUUAUUUUAGAUUUAGUUAUUAAAAGACUUACCAAAGCAUAUUUUAAUAAAAUAUGUCAAACAAUAGUAAUACUGCUUCUGUAUCAACUAAUAAAAACUCUAUUUCUUCGCAGAAUACUACGAAUGGACGUCUUUCAUCUUUCGGAGUACCGAGAGACUUAACUUUAGGUGGUCUACCUAGUCUGCGAGGAUCUAGGGGCGGCAUAAGCAAAAAAGUGUAUGCUCCAAAUCUUAAUGUAACCAGAAAUAAAAAUGUUAAUGUCAAGACCUCUAAAGAUACAACACGUAAUAAUUUUAAACGUAACGAUAAUCAAAAGUCCAACAGAGGGGCACGCAGAGAUGGAAAUUUAAUGCAAACCUCAAGCAUAUUUUCUGAAGGUAUAGCAUCCACUUUAAAUAAACGUAGUUCGGAGUCAUAUUCACGACGAAAUGAUGAUGUUCAACUUACCAAGCCUACUAUUUCAAAAAAUCAUUCAAAAGUUGACGCAAAAGCGGAAUCUAUUAAUUUGAAAGCUCUUCUUGGCGAGUCCGAUGAUAAUGACGGUCCUGAAGAGUCUUUUGAUAAAAUUGAUAUAAAAUAUAAACCGGUUAAAUUUAACAAAGAAAGUGAUAUCUUAGCUAGGAAUUUUGAUGAUGUCAAUUUAGAUGACAUUCAUGCACGCCAAAUUGAAAAAGAAUUUUUUGAUUCCAAUGAUAAAAAAAUAGUUUUAAUCCAAUUCCCAGACGUUUUACCUUGUGAAUGUGACGAGAAUAACAUUUCAACAGGUGUUGAUAAAGGAAACGAAACAAAAAACAAUGAAGCAAAAGGUGGAAAUUUAAUGGAUAGCUUAGAAGAAGGUCAAAUUGGAAAGCUAGUUCGUUUUAAGUCUGGUAAAUGCAAAUUAAUAUUAGGUAAAACUAAUUACAAUGUAAAUAUAGGACUCGAGACUGGUUUUUUACAAGAAUUAACAUCAAUAAGCACAAAUGUAAAAGAACGUAGUGGUAACAUUAUCAAUUUAGGUUUGAUUAAUUCAAAAAUGAUUAUAUCUCCUGAUUGGGAUUAUCUAGUAAGCCAUAAUUCAUAGCGAAAUAUAAUUAAUAUCAAUAAAAUUAAUUUAGAAUUUACAAUUAAAAGAAAAUUAAAUUUUUAGUUGCACUAUUUUUUUUUUUAUUAUUUAUAUUUAGUUUAAAUAAAACCUUCAUUUGAUAGUAAGUUAUUUAGGAGAUAAUAGAUAUGUUACAAAAUGCACGAGUUAGUCUGAACAUAUUGCCUAACAAAGAACUAAGAAAAAACUUACAUUUGUAUAUAUAUUAGGACAAAUAUAGAAUCUAAGUACAAUAAAACAGUGUGUUAUUGGUGUUUAUACAUAUUGUACACAAUGGUCGUCAAAAAAAGUAAAGAAUAACAUAAAUUGUACAAAAAUAUAUUGUUUUUUUUUUUAAUUUUGAAGAUUGUUCAAGGAUAUUAAUAAAUUUUUAAAAAAAUAAAAGUGCAAUUUGUAAAGGUCUAUUCUCGUGUAAAUGCUUCUAAAAUUGAAUGUUUGUAUUAAUUUCUAAUUGAGAGUGUGAUACAAUUGUAUGUUACGGAAAAAUAUACGGAUAUAAUAAACAACA